GGGCGGCUCCAUCGCAGCGCACGGGGGAGCUCCGCGCCGCCGCCUUCCUCCGCCCGCGGCCGCCUUUACCCGGCGCGGCGGUGCAGCCCGGCUCCCGCGGGGCGCUCGGCAUGAGGAGGAUCAGGGCCAAUGCCAUCGCCAUCCUGACGGCAGCCUGGAUCCUGGGCACUUUCUACUACUUAUGGCAGGACGGCAAGCCGCGCUCGGCGGCCGCCGGCGGUAGCGGCCGCGGAGGGCAGCGGGCUGCGGGGCGUCCGGAGGCGCGACGGGAGGAAAGCGCCGUGCCCCUCGGAGUGACGAGGGCUCCCCAGGGAGAGAAGAACAGCAGGAGGGCUUUUGAUGAGAAAGCUUAUUUGUCCUCAAAGCUGCUGAAGGCUGGAGAAGACCCCUACCGCCAGCAUGCUUUUAAUCAGCUAGAGAGUGACAAACUCAGCAGUGACCGGCCCAUACGGGACACCAGGCACUACAGGUGCACCUCUGUACACUAUGAUGCAGACCUGCCAGCUACCAGCCUCAUCAUCACCUUCCACAAUGAGGCCCGCUCUGCGCUGCUCCGCACGGUGAGGAGCGUCCUGAACCGGACCCCUCCCAACCUCAUCCAGGAAAUUAUUUUGGUAGAUGACUUCAGCUCAGAUCCUGAGGACUGUCAGCUCCUUACCAAGAUCCCCAAGGUCAAGUGUCUACGAAACAUCCGUCGAGAAGGGCUGAUUCGUUCUCGGGUGCGAGGAGCUGAAACGGCCACUGCUGACAUCCUCACCUUCUUAGACAGUCACUGUGAAGUCAACAGUGAGUGGCUGCAGCCCAUGCUUCAGAGAGUGAAAGAGGAUUAUACCCGAGUGGUGAGUCCAAUCAUUGAUGUUAUCAGCCUGGAUAACUUUGCCUACCUGGCAGCAUCAGCAGAUCUGAGGGGAGGAUUUGACUGGAGUCUUCACUUUAAGUGGGAGCAGAUUCCUAUAGAGCAGAAGAUGUCCAGGACAGACCCAACUCAGUCUAUAAGAACCCCUGUCAUAGCAGGAGGCAUCUUUGUGAUUAACAAAUCCUGGUUUAACCACCUGGGAAAAUAUGAUACUCAAAUGGACAUCUGGGGAGGAGAAAAUUUUGAGCUCUCUUUCCGAGUGUGGAUGUGUGGUGGCAGCUUGGAGAUUGUUCCCUGCAGUCGUGUGGGACAUGUGUUCAGGAAGCGCCAUCCAUAUGACUUCCCUGAAGGCAAUGCACUAACUUACAUCAAGAACACUAAGCGCACAGCGGAGGUGUGGAUGGAUGAGUACAAGCAGUAUUACUACGAAGCCCGGCCAUCAGCCAUUGGCAAGUCAUAUGGAAGUAUUGCAGACCGAGUGGAGCAGCGCCGCAAACUGAACUGUAAAUCCUUCCAGUGGUAUCUGGAGAAAGUCUAUCCUGAGCUGAAGGUUCCUGAGAAAGACUUGAUUCCAGGAAUAAUUAGACAAGGAGGAAACUGUCUGGAGUCUUGGGCUCAGGAUACCACAGGGAAUACGUUGGCUGGCAUUGGAAACUGUAAAGGGACAGUGAACAAUCCACCUGUCACUCAGGAGUGGGUAUUCAGUGACCCUCUAAUUAGACAGCAGGACAAGUGUCUUUCUAUUACCUCCUUUUCUACUGGCUCUCAAAUCACACUGGAAGCCUGCAAUCAAAAAGAUGGCAGACAGAAGUGGAAGAUGAAAGGCAGUUUCAUUCAGCACUUUGUCAGCGGUCUCUGCCUGGAAAACCAGACUGGGAGAGUGGUGACCAACCCUUGCCAAGCAGACAUACCUGGCCAACAGUGGGAGCUGCUGCAAGCAACAUGAUGGUAGCACAGAGAUCUCCUUGUUUCUUUGUGCAUGAGACUUUGGAAACAAAGAGGAAUUUUUUUGUUUGUCUGACAUUAAAUGUUUUCAUUAUGCCCAUCAGCAAGCCACCAUUUCAGCUGAGCACUUGGUGUUUUUGAGCUUUCAGAGAAGAAGCUGUGGGUGAGUGCAGAAUGAGGAGAGUUGUUGAAAUCAGCCAUCUGUCAUUUUAAGAUCUCCUUUGCAGCUGAUGUCCAUACACCACAGCACCCAGAGAGGGGAGAGCACCUAGCCUGUAACGCUCAAAGGGACCAGAACUGCCUUGCAGCUCUCCCCCUUUCCAGACCUUUCUCUGCAUCCAGACUCCAUGACCCUCAGUGCGACAGCUUGGACAAUGCUUGUACAAACAUGGGUAGCUCUUUGUCUUCCCUGGCAUUUCACUUUAACAUCAUGCAUCGUUCAUGCAUGUGUGCUGGUGUGCUGCAGUGAUGACUGGCCCGAAGAGGAGCCAGUGUGAUAAACAAAGGUGCAGGGAAGGAACUAGCAAGCCCUGAGAGGGGUUUGUAACAUUUCUGUGGAGGCCCACACCUUCCUCUACCAUUAGCAGCUGCUCUUCAGCCAGACGGGCUGAGCUUGGGAAAUCAGGCAUAAGGCUGACCAACCAGCUGGAAAAAGGCCAGCCUAUUUUAGGAGCAUAACCAGGGAUUCUGGAGGGCAUUAUUCCCUGCUGAAUUCCUGCUUCCAGUUUUCUAUAGGUGGCAGACCAGCCCUGUCUCUCUGAGCCCAGCAGGACCUGGGUUUGGGGCACCAUGCUCCUGGGGAGCUGCCCCUUGAUGGUCACUGUGUACUGGUGCUCUGGGAUACAAGGCAAGCCAGGGCUGUUUGCUGACUUAUUUUUCUGCCUGCAGUACCUCACACCAAAGGCAAUGUGUAGCCCUUGUGGGAAUGGCCCAGUAUGAUAAGACAUCCAGUCCCUUCAUUCACUUGCUUUUCCCCCUCUAUCUGAAAGAAGAGCUGAAAAGACCCAGAGCUGAUCCACUUGCAAGGCCUGGCUUUCCUUCCAGGAGGUACCCUGUGGGGUUGGUUGGUGAAGCUGAAACUGCCCCAGCACAAAUACUGCCACAGUAUAAGUCUGCCCUGUGAAGUGUCUCCUUUGUAUGCUGUAAAUACUGAUGGCAGUGGUGUCUGUAGCUCGCAUCCCAGCCCUGUUCCCAGUUACCACUCAACUGGGAUGCCUAUCAAUGAAAAGAAAGGGGUACAAAUAAAUAAAUCUCCACAACAUUGCUUUGUAGCUCAGUUUCGUAAGCCAACCUCCCCCCC